CUGAGCGGAGGUGAAGAAGAGGAGGAUGAAGCUGGGAGCGGAGGAUGGGAGGAAGAGUGGAGUAAGAGACAGGCUAGCUGAGUGUGAAUGAGUGAGUGAGUGAGGAAGAGGAGAGGAAGGCCGUCCGAGGGAGCGACAAUAAAGACCCGUGUUUUUGGAGACCACCUCCGGAGCAUCGCCAGCGGAAACUUUGAACUUUUUACCCGCCACAGCCUCGCUUGUUGUGCCCGGAGCCGGCUUUGUUUCGCGGCGGGGGUGUUUACGAUAAAUGAAGGAAUAAAACAGACCCCCAUCGACCUGUUUCUACCCAAGCGGGGAAUACCCUGGGACUGCUUUUGAUAAAGGUUACGAGAGAAUGGCGGCCAACAUGUACCGAGUGGGAGAUUAUGUGUACUUUGAGAACUCCUCCAGCAACCCUUACCUGAUCCGGAGAAUAGAAGAGCUCAACAAAACGGCCAAUGGGAAUGUGGAGGCAAAAGUGGUGUGUCUGUUCAGGAGGCGAGACAUCUCAGGCAACCUCAACACUCUGGCUGACAGCAAUGCAAGAGAGUUCGAGGAGGAGUCCAAGCAGCCGACGCUGUCUGAACAGCAGAAACACCAGCUCAAACACAGAGAGCUCUUCCUGUCUCGACAGUUUGAGUCUCUGCCUGCUACUCACAUACGGGGAAAGUGUAACGUGACCCUUCUCAAUGAAACAGAUGUCUUAGCUGGAUACCUGGAGAAAGAGGACUGUUUCUUCUACUCGCUCGUGUUCGACCCUGUCCAGAAGACCCUGCUGGCAGACCAGGGCGAGAUUCGGGUGGGCUCCAAAUACCAGGCAGAGAUUCCUGAUAAGCUAGCUGAGGGUGAAUCGGACACCCGGGUCCAAGAGAAGCUGGAGACCAAGGUGUGGGACCCCAACAACCAGCUCAAAGACCCGCAGAUCGACCAGUUCCUGGUGGUAGCAAGGGCUGUGGGUACCUUUGCUCGGGCCCUGGACUGCAGCAGCUCCAUCCGCCAGCCCAGCCUCCACAUGAGUGCAGCCGCAGCAUCCCGAGACAUCACACUGUUCCAUGCUAUGGACACAUUGCAGAAGAACAACUAUGACCUGGCCAAAGCCAUGUCCACCUUGGUUCCUCAGGGAGGUCCGGUGCUCUGCCGUGACGAGAUGGAGGAGUGGAGUGCCUCUGAAGCCAUGCUGUUUGAGGAGGCUCUGGAGAAAUACGGCAAAGACUUCAAUGAUAUCCGCCAGGACUUCCUGCCCUGGAAAUCUCUAGCUAGCGUGGUCCAGUUCUACUACAUGUGGAAGACUACUGACCGUUACAUCCAGCAGAAACGACUAAAAGCGGCAGAAGCAGACAGCAAGCUGAAGCAGGUGUACAUCCCUACCUAUACCAAACCCAACCCCAACCAGAUCAUGGUGCCUGGCAGCAAGCCUGGGAUGAACGGAGCCGCGGGCUUUCAGAAAGGACUCAGCUGUGAGAGCUGCCACACGGCUCAGUCUCCUCAGUGGUACGCCUGGGGUCCCCCAAACAUGCAGUGCAGACUGUGCGCCUCCUGCUGGAUCUACUGGAAGAAAUAUGGAGGUCUAAAGACUCCCACGCAGCUUGAGGGUGCCACUAGAACUGGCUCUGAGUCAGGCCCCCGUGGUCACAUGACACGCCAGGAGGUACAGGGAAUGUCGCCGUUUACCCGCAACGAAGGUCGAGCCAAGCUGCUGGCCAAGAACCGCCAGACAUUCAUCCUGCAGACCACCAAGCUGACCCGCAUCGCUCGACGGGUGUGCGAAGACAUCCUGCAGCCUCGGCGUGCCGCACGGCGCCCCUACGCCUCCAUCAACGCCAACGCCGUCAAGGCCGAGUGUAUGAUCAGGCUGCCCAAAGCCACAAAAACUCCUCUGAAGAGCAAGCUGGUGCCUCGACAGUCACUGGCCACCAUAGUGAAGGAUUUGGCCAUCUCUGCUCCUCUGAAACUGAAGGCAACCAGAGGACCCCCGACGCCCAUCAACAGGAACCAGGCCAACCAGCCUCGAGUGGGCCAGAGCCUGCUGGGCAAGAGAGGCUUUGAAAGCGCUGCAGGGGUGCCAUACCCAGCCAAUGGGAGGCCAUAUACUUCAGGUAUGAGAACCACGUCUCAGUCAGUCAUCAAACGGCAGAAAGUCAGCCAGGGAGAAGCUCCCAACCCUGUGGUGUUUGUUGCCACGAAGGACACCAGGGCUCUGAGGAAACAUCUCACCCAGUCUGAGAUGCGCCGGGCAGCAAGGAAACCUCAUCUCCUGGUGCGGAUCAAACUGCCACAGCCACCACGCUCCCUGACCAUGCCCCUCCUCCCCUCCAACACCAGCGAACCCAUCGUCCUGGAGGACUGAAAAGGAGGGAUGCGGGGUGAGGGCGGUCUUGUAACAGGACACGGGGGUGGGGGUAUGCGAUGGAAGGGGCUGUGUUUAAGCCAUCACUUACAGGCAGCACAGUACACCAUACAGUAGUCCUUUUUUUUUUUUUUUUUUUUUUUUCUCCCCCUAUUUUCAGUGUCAUCUUCCUUUAGUCCUCUGUCACUUCCUAUAAGUUGAUGUGUUCAACGCACACACGCACACACAGACUUUACAUCACAUUAACACACAUAGGGCCCCAGUAUACCCACCACGCUGGUUGCUCUGCAUGCCCACGGUGACGUCGCCACAGCUCCGUACCGUUUAAACCAGCACGAGUCCCCGCUGCAGCACUCUCCACUCAGACAAAGCCUCCACAUCGGUGCUGGUACAGGAGGAGUCGUCAAAACCGGAGCGUCUCAUCUUUUCAAACUGCUUCCAAAUAAUCUGUGCGUCUCUGAGCGUCUGCGCUCAGAUAUUGUACACCUGCGUCUCCCAACACGGAGGUGACGGCAGCGGCACGACGCCUGAGGUCACAAAGGUCGAGGUGACGUCACGUUGUUGCGCAGCAGCCAGGGUGAGAGCGGUGAGCAUACUGGGGCCCUUUCACACCCACACAACACUUUGGGCUUUGUAGUGUUUUUUUUUUUUAAAUUCCAGACCCUUGAUUACUUAAUGCACCCUAUUUUUAAAUGUGUAAUUUAAAUCCAGAUAUUUUUCAUCCUGAAACAAUGGUGAUAAAGCACAUGUUGUUACUCCUUCAUGUCUCUUAUCUUUGUGUAAAUAUAUGCAUCGUUGAAGGGGUGACACCCUCACAAGACUGUGGGACAGCUGGAGCAGGCCCAAGGUCUGCUUCAGUUUCAGGAUUCCUCUUGAGCCUCCUCUCUCCCGUUCUAGCAGAGCAGAAUCCACUGGUGGGCUGUGGGGGGGGGGGGGGGGGGGUGGCGACAGAGGUGUGAUGGUGCACGGCCCGUUAAAGCUCUUUCCACAUGACGUUGCUGCUUCAUCAGUCUGUUAAAGUGACUGCAUUCUGUCAUUCACGGGACACUUUUGGUAUUUUAACGGCUGCUUCGUGGAGAAAAAGCCGCCGCAGUACGUAUGCAGUAACUGCUAAAUGUGCAAAAGCCGCGUUGCAUGUGCUGCAGUGGCUGCUGUCUUCAUCGGCUCUGAAAUGUUCAGUGUUUUUUCAGUUGUGCCCUCACACAGGUUCACGUCUCUUCAGCAGUGGGAAUACCAAAAUAGACGACUGUUUUUACUCCCGCGGUGAGGCGAGCGUUGCGGUGCUGUUGCUGCCGCGUAGGCCGCCGGCUGGUGAGCUGAGCAACUCUCCAAGAUUGUGGAGAAACGUGCAGAGGCUGCGUUUAUUCCCACCUGUGCCAUGAUGAAAGCAACUUGUAAAUGUUACUAGAUCUGACCUAGUGAACCUGACCUGAAGAUUUUACAGAGAAUCAGCAGAAAGGAGUCAGCUGUUUGAUUCUUCAUCCCACCUGAAUCCCCUCACAGCCUCAAAGCCUCGGUGUCCAAGUAUAGAAGAGCCUGAGCUGUGUGAAAGUGCGAACUGAGAACACUGAAUAUGUUCACUUUCCAUCCUUACUUUGUCUCCAGUUCUUUUGGGAUCUUCCAAACACACACGCUCACAUCUGUCAUCUGACAGAGGGAAGAUUUAAAGCUAAUUUUGGCAGCAUGCAUUUCACAUCCAAUUAUGUUCCUUUGGAAAACAUUUAAACAGCCACGUCAUGCUUUGCUUACUGUAAGUUGUUAGCAGAUGCAGCGGGAGGGUCACAGUUAAGGUGCAGCUGCAUGCAGAGCGUCCUGUGCUGCCACAGAGCGGUUACACCCACCUCAGAGGGGAAUAACCCGCCCCCUGGGCUCGUGUCAGAACAGGCUGCGUACCCAGAGCCGCGGUGCUCAUGGAUCUGCGUCACCUGCCAGAAUGCGUUCGGCUUUGAGAUAAUGUGUCUGAAUUCCAAAACGAAGCCAUGAUGUGCAUGAAAGCAGGCCGACACUCACUGAGACAGACGCUUAUACUAGCAGUCAGUUCAUAAAUGCCUGUUGGCUAAAGCAGAAAACUGGGGCUCCAGGAUUGUUGUCACAUGUGGAAACAUUCUUGCCAAACUUAUCGGGACCUUUUUUUUAUUUUAUUUUCAUCCAGCCUUAAUCCUGUUCUGCAGGUGUGUGAUGGAGCAGAGCAGGAGCAGUGUUGUGGUUAUGACUGGAUGUGAGGGCUACAUGGAGGACUCUGCUGUUCUUUUCCUCCCUCUGUCUGCACCGCCAUCAGAGGGCGAGUGCUAAAAUCAAGCUCUCUAACCUGAUAGUUGUAUUUCCUCUGAGUCCCCACAGCAGUGAGGACUUUAACUGCUUUUAGAAGCAGGUUUGGUCCCAGUCUGAGCUUUGUCAUAGUUCCUCUCAAUAAAGAAACCCAACUGUCAAGUUUGUAGCAAAUGCUAAUGUGUGUAAAGAAAAUUGCAAAAGUGGAAUAUUGAAAAGUUGUUUUUUUUUUGUUUGUUUUUACAUCUGAAGUGUGUAAUUCUGCUCUGUUAUUAAGGAGAUGGCUCCAGUAGGCUACUGUACAUGUGAAGCAUCUCUCCUUCAUAGGGUGGGUGGGCUGCUUAUUUUAACCAGGGGGGUGACCUUCAAAAGGGACAGGGUGCUGAUUUUUGUAUGAUGGAGAGACAAACAUGCCACAAGUGAAACUUUUUCUCAAGUGUUUUUUAUUCCAAUGUCUCGUAUCCUUUAAUGUAUCUUGAUAAGAAAAGAAAUAAAGAUUUUUUUUCUUCGUGGUCA